AUGGCGAGUCUGUGCAAGAGGCAGCAAUGCACGAUCGAAAGGCGCGGCUUUCGGCAGGAACUUGACUCGUGGCGGCACAAACUCAUUCACUGUGUAGGUUUCGAAAGCAUUUUGGAAGGGUUGUUUGGUCCAGGACUAGUAGAAGAUCUUACCUUGUUCAAAGAUUGUGAGCCUGAAGGCGUGUCAGAUUGGGCGUUUGAUGAAAAUUGUCUAUUCUGCUGCUUAAGACGAGAAAAAGUGAAGGAACAUUUAAUUGGUUUAAACGACCAAGUCUCGGACACAGAGGAAACAACCCUCUGCAAGCAAGAACAGUCCAAAAUUACCAGGCUUGAGAAGCAAGCGGAAGAGUUCCUCAAUGCUGUCUUUUACAGAAAAGAUAUCCCAAGCUUCUCAGACCCCCACAUUCCUCUAGUUGCUCGCGAGAUAAUGCAGCGAAUGAUCCGGCAGUUCGCUGCUGAAUAUACCUCAAAAACCAGCUGUUCUCAGGACUCCCCCCAGCCCAACGGCACCAAGGACCAAAGCCUGCCGAAGGCACCCUCAUUCCCGCCCCCCACCCCCGUAGCUGCUGCCGCUGCCUCUGCACAGAAUCCCGUUCUCAGCAAGCUUCUCAUGGCGGACCAGGACUCCCCGCUGGACCUCACCGUCAAGAAGGCCGAGGCGGUGCCCAGUGAGCAAGAUGGAGUACUUGAUCUUUCAACCAAGAAGAGUCGUGCCACGGACGGCUCGUCCCUCAGAAACUCUCACAUCUACUCGACCACACCCACAGUGAAAGGGCGUCCUGUGAGAGCGGACCACAUCUUUCGGGACGGAGAUGAGGACGGGCUGCCCCCGAGAAGCUCGCAGGACGGGACGAGGGAGAGUUACAGCCACUCCGCCCCCCUUAAGCCUCCCCUCGCGCACUCGCUGCAGAUCAAACGGGAGCUGCUUGCUCGCGCGCAGCCCCUGGGCCCCCCGCCCGGCGCGGAUUCAGCGGGGCUCCUCAACCACGGGCAGCACCCCCUCCUCUCCAGGGACGGCUCCUGGAGGCCUCAUUUCGACGGCCUCCUGAAGCUCAAAGCUAACAGUGCACUUAACGACCUGAAGGACCUCCCCCUGCUCCUGGAAAGCUCCGGCGCGUUCUCCAAAGGCUCCACGCCGGCGAAGCCGCAGGAGGUGAAGAAAGAACCGGGGCACUCGCCCCCCGUGGACCUGAAGAUCCCCCAGGUGCGGGGCAUGGACCUCUCCUGGGGCUCCCACGCCUCCGACCUGUACGGCUACGGCUCGCUGGUGGUGAGCCCCCACUCAGAGAACGCGCUCAGCAGGAAACUGCGCUCCAUCCUCCCCAAACACAGCCGGAGGAGCGUCGGGGUCCUCGACGGCGGGGCGGACUUCUGGGGGCCGGACGUGGACCGCUCCGCCCCCGGGCAGCCGUACCCGACCUCGGACCCGGAAGGGGACCCCGGCUCGAAGCAGCCGCGGAAGAAGAGGGGCCGCUACCGGCAGUACAACACCGAGAUCCUGGAGGAGGCCAUCUCCGUGGUGAUGAGCGGGAAGAUGAGCGUGUCCAAGGCGCAGACGAUGUACGGCAUCCCCCACAGCACGCUCGAGUACAAAGUCAAGGAGCGUCUGGGGACGCUGAAAAACCCUCCAAAGAAGAAAAUGAAAACGCUACGAGCAGAGGGGCAGGAUGGCGAGCCGGACAUGGGGCCCAGAGAGGACGGAGCACAGGGGGCAAGCAAUGAGAAAGAUGAGUAGAGCAAAAGAGAAAGAAAAGUGGAUCCUCAGUUGUGCCAAUUUACUUUUGCAGUAUCUGGGUGAGCCCAAACGCAGGAAUUUUAAGGAGGCAAAAACAAAUUACAGUUGUUGCUCUAGCACUGUAUACACACUUUUUAAUUUUUUUUUUGGAUAUUUCUUUUCUUAAAUGGUAAAACAAAAUGCAUUCAAGCCAUUCGUUAGUUAAACCAUUCAAAGUAAAGUGAAUGAAAUCAAACC